AUGGACGACACAAGAAGCCGAAUACGGCGACAGCGCAGUCAGUCGCCAACGCGUGAAAUUGCGGCGGAAAUGAGUCCUCUAAAUGGCCAAGGAGGAGGACCGAAACGAUCUAAUUUGUUUGCCAUUGGGAGUUUCCUGGUUCCUCCUUCCAUGUUUCAAAUAAAAGUACGCGAUAAAAAGGAUGCAACUGCCAAGAAAAAGUUUCAAGUGAAUGUUCCUACCAGGAUGUUGGUUAUCUUGGGUUUCGUAUUUUGCCUCAUGCCAUUGUUGGUAUUCUUCUACAAGGAAAAACAUCUGCACGAGGACCACCACGAACCUCACUUUAAGCAACACAAAUUUGUGAAUGUGGACAAAGAGCAAGCAAUGGCCAAUUUCGUGGUGAAUCAGAAUCAUACUUCUGAACAGACUAGUCUAGAUGAGAAUGAAACGUCUGAAAAGAGCAGUAAGGACGAGCUACCUGAGGCAGCUACAAAACUUGCAGAAGAAGAGUCAGAAAUGAUCAAUGCCACAACAACAAUAGACGCAGAACGAAAUGCCACAAAAACAAACCAGGAAAAAGAAAAAGAAGGACCGCCUAUUCGGUAG